AUGAAAGGUGUUCUAAUUGUUCACGUCGGUGCAGGGAACCACUCUUUGGCUAAUAGAACGAAGUAUAAGAAGCUAAUAGGCAAAGCACUUAGAGCUGAGAACUUGGUCGAUGCGAGUAAGGUAUUGGAAGGAUCCUCUUUAACCAACACUGGGUACGGAUCUUCGUUGAAUAUAGACGGUCAGGUGGAAUGUGAUGCUAGUUUCAUACGAACCAGAAAUGGCGCAAUCGCAGACGUAGGUUCCAUGUAUAACAUACGACAGCGGUAUCCAAUAUCGGAGACUGUCAGAGCAUUUGAAGCGCUUCAGGAGAGCUACAGGGAGAAUGCGAUGGGCUUAACAAUGCCGAUCAUGAUCGACCACAACCGUGUCAUGGAAUUCUAUAACAAAGAUAAAGAAGAAGAGGUUUUACCCGACCUUAUAUCACCCAAGAACUUGGACCUUUACUCUCGGUACAAGUCCAAUGUUCCCUUGAAGCAAUUAGAGUCAGUCACAGAUACUAUUGGAGUGAUCUACACCACUGAGGAAGGAAGUGAAGUAGCUUCUUCUUCCGGAGGCAACUUUUUUAAGGUGCCUGGAAGGAUAGGGUGUGCAGCAGUACUUGGGGCGUCUAUUGCUCAAAGGUCCGUAGUACUCUCCGACUCGCUGUACACCAUCUCCUGUAUGUGCAGUGGGAAUGGAGAAGAUAUCAUGCUAAUGAACUUAGCCCGGUAUAUAAUUGAUUCACUCUCUUGCAAAAUAGAAUCAUCUGAUGACCUACUGCAAGAUAUGGUGGAUGCGAUUGAGCAAGAAGGAAGAAAUGUCCCCUUACACAGCAACUCCAAGACCAUCUACAUCGGGAGCAUAUGCUCUAUUCUAAAUAUCCAAUCCCAGAGAACUACAAUACUAUACUGCCACAGCACGGAGUCGUUUUUCUUUGGAUUCAGAAGCGAUUCGUGCGGGCCAGAGGUAAUCCUAAGCACAUUAGAGACUGAGCCUGGCAAAUUUUGCCGAGGAGAGUUCAGGAUAUAG